UGUUUGGACCAUCCAGCCCUGUUGCCGCCCCACGGAAACGCGGUUUGCGGACCAAUGGCGGACCCGCUGCCGCCUCUGCUGACGUACUGUGAGGGUGGCGACCUAGAGGCGGCCAAGGCGGAGUUGCAGGCAGGCGAUGUGAAGAAGCUGCUCAAAUUGAGAGAUCCGGACCGCAGGACCCCCUUGCACAGAGCCUGUGCGGCAGGACACGAGGAGUUGGCGGUCUUUCUCAUUGCUCAAGGGGCCAAUGUGAACGUGGAGGACCACCUGGAGGACGAAGAGUCUUGGACCCCUCUGCACAGCUGCGCCUCCCGCGGCGCGGGCGCGCUGGUGGCGAAGCUGCUUGAGGCCUCCGCGGAUGCGGAAGCGCAGACCUCGAGCGGCGGCGCAGCGCUGCACUUCGCGGCGUCGAAGGGGCACGAGGAGGUCUUGAAGCAGCUCGUUGCUGCAGGUGCAGAUAUCAACUGCAAAGAUCGAAACAAAGGAACUCCUCUUUUGCGCGCAGCGGGCGCUGGGAAGUUUGCAGCUCUGAAGAUCUUGCUAGAGGCCCAGGCAGAUGUCCUUUGUCGAGACCGUGCAGGGGAGAAUGUCUUCCACAUCGCCAUCAAUGGACAGCACCUAGAGAUGUGCGAACUUCUCUUCGAACGUGAUGAGGCUGAACGGUUGAUGAUCCAGGAGAACGAGGAUGGGAAGACAGCAGCGCAGAUGCUCCUGGACCUGCAGCCGAUUGAGCUGAGGGAUAAAAUCAAGUCGAUUUGGAAAGAGAAGAGGGGCGGCUGAACUGAAGCUCUUCCAAAAUAGCAUCCCUCCGCUCUGAUCUCGCUCCUUAUCGUGUUGGCGGUGAGGACGCGCAGAGACACAUCCUGUUGCUGACGUAGAGGAGAUCCCACCGUUUUGGGCUGAUGCAAAAUCGUGUGAUUUCUGCUCAACAAGGUGGGAGUGAUAUUUUUGCUUGGGAAGAAGGGUGGAGGCCCCUUGUGCCUUUUUUGCG